GGAUCCCAUACCUGUAUCUUAAGAACAGUUCAUUUUUAAAACCAAAACCUUUGUUUGAAGGCGAGCAUCCCCUUUAAUCCAGGGGCAUCUGACCAGGGCAGAUAAAGGCAGGACAGAUAGAUACUGCUUUCACUUACAUUUCCAAACCACCUGCCCCAGGUCACAAGCAGGACUCCUUGCAUUUGAUUCUUGGAAUUCGACCACUGAGCCAAAAGCAUCAGCAUUUAAGAAUUUUGAAAAAAAAAAUGAUUUUUUUACUACUUGAAUCUAUUACUAAAAGCAAGUUGACAGUUUCCAAGAGUUGUAAAAGUAUUUUCUUCUUUUUAGUCCAAAUGGUAAGAAAUUCAGAAGCAAGCCUCAGUUGGCAAGGUACCUGGGAAACAGUGUUGAUCUCAGCAGUUUUGACUUCAGAACGGGAAAGAUGAUGCCCAGUAAAUUGCAGAAGAACAAACAGAGACUAAGAAAUGAUCCUCUCAAUCAAAAUAAGAGUAAACCAGACUUAAACACAACAUUGCCUAUCCGACAAACUGCCUCCAUCUUUAAACAGCCAGUAACCAAAGUUACCAACCACCCCAGUAACAAAGUCAAAUCAGACCCCCAGAGGGUGAUUGAACAACCCCGGCAGCUUUUCUGGGAAAAGAGGCUGGAGGGACUUAGUGCCUCAGAUGUAACAGAACAAGUCAUAAAACCCAUGGAGCUUCCUAAAGGCCUUCAAGGUGUUGGCCCUGGAAAUAACGAGCAGACCCUCCUUGCAGCAAUCGCCAGCGCUCUGCACACAAGCUCUGCACCAAUCACAGGGCAGCUCUCUGCGGCCGUAGAAAAGAACCCAUCCGUAUGGCUAAACACAUCCCAGCCACUAUGCAAAGCUUUUUUAGUUACAGAUGACGAUAUACGGAAACAGGAAGAGAGGGUGCAGAAUGUUCGAAAAAAGUUAGAAGAAGCCCUAAUGGCUGAUAUCUUUGCACGAGAAGCCUCCCAGAACUCAGAUCUUUGUAUGGACGACAGUGACGCAUAACAGUUCCAUCAGGCACCUCAGUGACCCGUCUCACCUGCAAAGAUAUCCCCUGGUCUUCCCGAGCAAGAUAUUACCAUGCACAUUAUGCCAUUUUGUUUCCCGCAACAAGCCGAUGCCUUUCCUUGGAUACCAUGUAUGUUGUACAUAUUUAGAUUAUUAUUACUAUGGAAAUGCAAUCUCUUUUUUGUGUCCAAAAUGUCGGAAUUUUUUUUAAAUAUAAAGCAAUAUCGUUAUUUUAUAAUAGAAGACUACGUAUUCCAAAGCCGAUAUUUUAUUCAUGUCCGCGCACUUAGCGACGGCUGUGCGGUUCUAUAGAUAUAUAGAUUACCGCGUAGCGUAAUAUGACUUAUUAUACCUCAGUUGAGAAGAUUCCAUUAACUGUUUAGAGCAGCACGGUCCAGCUGCAGCCCAGUCGGCCCUCCGGGGGGACUUUUAUGGUCCUUACGAUGCCCAAGGGCCUUCUCUGUAUGACAUUAUCAUGGAGCCAAUAAGAAAUAUACAGCACACUGGGUGGACAGUUGGACAGAGCUGGUUUGGACAGUCUCUACGUUUAAUAAAAGAAGACUGUUCUAUGCUGAAUGUGCCGGUCCAUUUGAUACAGUCACAUGUAGUCUGAGGUUGAACUAUAGCUCCCCAACAGGCUGGGAGUGACUGUAGCUUGCACAGGCCUUGACAUUUUUUUUUUAAACUAUUUUGGUACACGUUUUGUAGCACUUGCAAGCCUUUGUACAAGAAAUCAUGCCUUAAUAUUGUGCACUUUAUUUUCUACCGUCUGAAGAAUAUAAGAAUCCGGUGCAAUCAUGUGACAUUUAAUGCAACGCGCAAUAGAAUAGGAAGAGAGAAAACUUUUUUUUUUUUUAUUACAAAUACAUUUUCAGAUUUAUACUGCAUCUCUCAUGUAAUAUUAUAAGGUAUCUAAAGUAUCCUGCUCAUCAGGAAUGGUUUAAUAUGUUUUUUUUUAAAUUAUGGAACCAAAACUGGCUGAUAACUGGCGAAAGUCAUGUAAAAUAAAACAGUUUAAAAUCA